ACUUUCCUUUCCCCAGCUAGAAAUAAGGAGUGCACCCUACACAGCUGGCAGAGGGCCUCCCUGGACUCAGGGUUGCAUCUCCUACUCCCAGCUUCUUUUAGGGCCAUAGGGUUAAUUACCCAAAGAAGCCUCUGAGAAUUGUUCCUGAAGUUAGGGGAAGUGAAAGUAACUGAUUCAGCCCAGCUUAAAGGAGAAGAUCCCUUGCCUGGAGUUCACUGCACUGCAGUAAACUUAAACAUGUCUCUUUAGAAACCCAUAGAGAGGACAGUGCACAGAGAGUUUGCAAAUCACGGGGCCCAUUCGUAGUUUCUGGGCACGUGUGCUGUACCACAGAGUUCUGGCAAUAAACCCUCUAAGCAACUGGCCUGCUGAUGUGUGGCCAAAGUACUGUGUGGAAAGAGGGUCAGGGUAGGUGUCCAGAGUAUGUGGGUGGUGGAAAAGAGGGGGCUGGAUGUUUAUUUCAUUCUGACCUCUCUUUGAGAUCCAGGAGCGUGCUGUGUGUGUGAAUAGGAAUGGCUGGCCGGAGUCAGGAGCAGAGUCUGAGGGAAGAGCUGACCUGUGCCAUCUGCUAUGAGCUUUUCAGUGACCCUGUCAUGCUGGAAUGCAUGCACCAUUUCUGCAGGGCAUGCAUCCAAGGCUACUGGGGCAGGUGCCCCCGUGUGGCUUCCUGCCCCCAGUGCAGAAGGGAGUUCUCCAGCCGCACCUUUCGCCCCCACUAUCUGGUAUCAGGGGUGGUGGAGAAGGUGCGGAAGUGCAGCUCAGAGGACCACAAGAGAAAAAUGCAGAAACAUCUUGCAGAUGCGCUGCAAGCUCACCAGAGAGAGAUGGAGAACAUAGUGCAAAUGAAGCACACAGCAGAGGAGGAUAUUUGCAGUCUGACGAAAGCCUCUGGGGAGCUGAACUCUAAGAUUCGGGCAGAAUUUGAGCGACUUCAUCAAAUACUGGAGGAAAAGGAGAGAGUUGUGUUAAUGGAGCUGGCCAAAGAGGAGGAACAGCUAUUGUUGAGGCUGCGUGGGGACAUCAUGCAGCUGGAGGAGGGGAUCUCAGAGCUGGGAAAGAACAUUGAGCACAUACAGGAAAUCCUGAACAAGACGGAAGACUCGUUACUGCUGGAGGUGGAGAGCAUGGCUAUCAGGCCCCUGGUGCAUGUGCGUGCACAGCCCUCCCUGGACAUAGAGCACCACAGAGACCGGUACAGCGGCCCCCUGCAAUACAUCUUCUGGAGACAAAUGCUACAGUCAAUCCACCCUGCUCCUGCUCCGCUGACAUUUGACCCCGAAUCAGCCCAUCCUAACCUCAUCCUCUCCAAAGACCUGAGGGCAGUGACUGAGAGCGACAGGCGCCAACCUGUCUGCAGCAGCCCCAAGCGUUUCCAGCAGUGUGUGAACGUCCUGGGCUCCGAGACCUUUGACAGCGGGAGCCACUACUGGGAGGUCUGGGUGGGUAGCAAGACCAAGUGGGACCUGGGGGUGGCAGCAGAGUCCGUGGACCGGGCAGCUAAGGUCAAGCUGUGCCCUGAGAAUGGUUACUGGGCACUUCGUCUGAGGAACGGGACGGAAUAUUGGGCCACUGCCACCCCGUGGGUGCGCCUUGCCCCGAGGAGCUGUCUCCGGAAGGUGGGGGUCCUUCUGGACUGCAGAGAGAGGAAGGUGGCGUUCUACAACGCUGAAGACAUGACCCACCUCUUCACCUUCCACCAGGCUGCCGCGCGCAGGUUCUGCCCCUUCUUCAGCACUUGCUUCAGCGACGGCAAGCUGAACGUGGAGCCCAUGAGAAUCUGCCACCUGACUCUGUGAGGGUGAGGGUGGGGGUGGGAGGGGUAUGAAGUCUCCCAGGAAGCCAUGUGGAUACCAAAGAGGCAACAGGUGGCCCUGGGAGCUGGUGUUGCUUUCUGGGUUGGCUGUAGUUGCUACUGCUUGGACUGUCCCUAGAAUAGGAAUCGCCUGCUAGAACAGCUCAGUUGGCUCCCCUCUGCAUUAGUGCUUGGCCAUUUACUGUUUGAGCAAAUGUAGCAAAGGUGUGUGGACUCUGAUCAGUCUAACCUGUAAAUCCCAAGCCUCUGGGGCAGAGUCAAGGAGAGUCUCUCUAUUUGUGGAUUUAUCCUGUGAGGAGAGAAGUGGCUGAAUCUUA